GAGCAAAAUUCAGAAAAUAUGUUGGCCAUUCUGCUCAUGUUACAAAUGUCCACUGGUCACAUGACUUUCAAUGGGUAAUAAGUACAGGAGGUGCAGAUCAUUCUGUUUUUCAGUGGCGGUUUAUUCCAGAAGGUGUAACAACUGGAAUCUCUGAAACAGCCCAUAUAGAAUGUGGCAUAGAUUCACACAGUGAAGAAUCAGAUUCUGAUUUAUCUGAUGUGCCAGAAUUAGAUUCAGAUAUUGAGCAAGAAGCUCAAAUCAAUUAUGUUCGACAGGUUUACAAAGAAGAUCUACCUCAACUGAAACAGCAACGUAAAGAGAAAAGCCAUUCAGUGCCCUUCCUUAAGAGAGAGAGAGCUCCCGAUGACAGUUUAAAGCUGCAAUUUAUACAUGGUUAUAGAGGCUAUGAUUGUCGAAACAAUUUAUUCUACACACAGUCUGGGGAAGUGGUUUAUCAUAUUGCUGCUGUUGCUGUGGUGUAUAAUAGACAACAACACAACCAAAGACUAUAUCUUGGUCAUGAUGAUGACAUUCUCAGCCUUGCCAUCCAUCCUAUGAAAGAUUAUGUUGCUACUGGACAGGUUGGGAGAGAUGCUGCUAUUCACAUUUGGGAUAUACAGACGCUCAAAUGUUUGUCACUGCUAAAAGGCCAGCACCAGAGGGGAAUAUGUGCACUUGACUUCUCAGCUGAUGGGAAAUGCUUGGCUUCAGUUGGGUUAGAUGAGAAUCAUACCAUUGUACUGUGGGACUGGAAAAAAGGAGAAAAGAUGGCAGUGACCAGGGGUCACAAAGAUAAGCUCUUUGUAGUGAAGUGCAACCCUCAUCAUGCUGAUAAACUGGUGACUGUUGGAAUAAAGCACAUCAAAUUUUGGCAACAAGCAGGUGGUGGUUUUACCUCAAAACGUGGCAUGUUUGGAAAUAUUGGGAAACAGGAAACCAUGAUGAGUAUUUCCUAUGGACGGAUAGAGGAUCUCGUUUUCUCUGGAUCUGCAACUGGAGAUAUGUACAUCUGGAAAGAUGUUUUGUUGGUUAAAACAGUGAAAGCUCACGAUGGCCCUAUAUUUGCUAUGCAUGCUUUAGAUAAGGGCUUUGUGACAGGUGGGAAGGAUGGCGUGGUGGCACUUUGGGAUGAUACAUUUGAGAGGUGCUUGAAGACAUAUGCCAUCAAAAGAGCAGCACUGUCACCUGGAUCUAAAGGGUUGCUACUGGAAGAUAACCCAUCAAUCCGUGCUAUCACUUUAGGACAUGGACAUAUACUGGUGGGAACAAAAAAUGGAGAGAUUCUUGAAAUUGAUAAAACUGGUCCCAUGACUCUACUUGUGCAGGGUCAUAUGGAAGGAGAGGUCUGGGGUCUGGCAGCUCAUCCUCUCUUGCCUAUCUGUGCAACGGUGAGUGACGAUAAAACUCUAAGAAUCUGGGAGCUUUCUUCCCAACAUCGUAUGCUGGCAGUGCGAAAACUUAAGAAAGGCGGACGAUGCUGUGCCUUCUCCCCUGAUGGGAAAGCCUUGGCAGUUGGAUUGAAUGAUGGAAGCUUUCUGGUAGUGAACGCUGAUACUUUGGAAGAUAUGCUUUCUUUCCAUCACAGAAAAGAAAUGAUCUCUGACAUCAAAUUUUCUCGAGAUUCAGGAAAAUACCUGGCAGUGGCUUCCCAUGAUAACUUUGUAGAUAUUUAUAAUGUACUUACCAGCAAAAGAGUUGGCAUCUGCAAAGGAGCCUCUAGCUAUAUCACACACAUAGACUGGGAUUCAAGAGGGAAGCUACUACAAGUUAAUUCUGGUGCCAAAGAACAAUUCUUCUUUGAAGCUCCAAGAGGAAAGAGGCAUAUAAUAAGACCCACAGAGAUUGAGAAGAUUGAAUGGGACACCUGGACAAGUGUACUAGGUCCUACUUGUGAAGGAAUUUGGCCAAUGCAUAGUGAUGUUACUGUUAUCAAUGCAGCUUCCCUUACCAAAGAUAGCACUCUCUUAGCUACAGGGGAUGACUUUGGCUUUGUAAAACUCUUCAAAUAUCCAGUAAAGGGUCAGCAUGCCAAGUUUAAGAAAUAUGUGGGUCAUAGUUCCCAUGUCACCAAUGUCCGGUGGUUACACAAUGAUUCUGUGCUGUUGACUGUGGGUGGUGCUGAUACUGCCCUGAUGAUCUGGACCCGAGAAUUUGUUGGAACCCAGGAAAGCAAGCUAGUUGACAGUGAGGAAUCAGAUACUGAUGCAGAAGAGGAUGGAGGUUAUGACAGUGAUGUUGCACGAGAAAAAGCAAUUGAUUACACUACAAAGAUCUAUGCAGUGAGCAUCCGAGAGAUGGAGGGCACCAAGCCGCACCAACAAUUAAAGGAAGUUUCAGUAGAAGAAAGGCCACCAGUUAGCAGAGCUGCUCCUCAACCUGAGAAACUGCAAAAGAACAAUGUCAACAAAAAAAGGAAACUAGUUGAGGAACUGUGUUUAGAUCAUGUCUUUGGAUAUCGUGGAUUUGAUUGUCGCAAUAACCUUCAUUACCUCAAUGAUGGUGCUGAUAUUAUUUUCCAUACUGCUGCAGCAUGCAUAGUUCAAAAUCUCUCAACAGGAAGUCAAACUUUCUACCUGGAACAUACAGACGACAUCCUCUGCCUAACAGUCAACCAACACCCAAAAUAUAAAAAUAUUGUGGCCACCAGCCAGAUUGGUACCACGCCGUCUAUCCACAUAUGGGAUGCAAUGACUAAGCAGACUCUCUCUAUGCUGCGUUGCUUCCAUUCCAAAGGAGUGAACUAUGUCAACUUCAGUGCAACUGGCAAACUCCUGGUGUCUCUAGGAGUUGAUCCAGAGCAUACAAUCACAGUGUGGAGAUGGCAGGAAGGUGCUAGAAUUGCAAGCAGAGGAGGUCACCUAGAGAGGAUCUUUGUUGUAGAGUUUCGUCCUGAUUCUGAUACCCAGUUUGUGUCUGUCGGAGUAAAACACAUGAAAUUCUGGACUCUGGCUGGAAGUGCUUUGCUCUAUAAAAAAGGAGUCAUUGGUUCAUUGGAUGAUGCCAAAAUGCAAACCAUGCUUUCAGUGGCAUUUGGAGCAAAUAAUCUGACUUUCACUGGUGCCAUCAAUGGAGAUGUUUAUGUGUGGAAGGAUCACUUUCUAAUUCGACUUGUGGCAAAAGCUCACACUGGCCCAGUCUUUACAAUGUACACCACUCUUCGCGAUGGGCUCAUCGUUACUGGAGGGAAAGAGAGACCAACUAAAGAAGGAGGGGCUGUAAAACUAUGGGAUCAAGAGAUGAAGCGCUGCCGAGCCUUUCAACUUGAGACAGGACAGAUUGUGGAAUGUGUGCGUUCGGUGUGCCGAGGAAAGGGCAAAAUUUUAGUGGGGACCAAAGAUGGAGAAAUCCUUGAAGUUGGAGAAAAAAAUGGUGCUUCUAAUCUUCUGAUUGAUAGCCACAUGGAAGGAGAAAUUUGGGGCCUGGCAACUCAUCCCUCCAAAGAUAUCUUUAUCUCUGCUAGUAAUGAUGGAACUGCAAGGAUUUGGGACCUUUGUGAUAAAAAACUUCUGAAUAAAGUCAAUCUGGGCCAUGCUGCAAGAUGUGCUGCCUACAGUCCGGAUGGCGAGAUGGUUGCUAUUGGCAUGAAGAAUGGAGAAUUUAUUAUUUUGCUUGUCAAUAGUCUUAAAGUUUGGGGCAAAAAAAGAGAUAGAAAAUCUGCUAUCCAGGACAUCAGAAUCAGCCCUGAUAACCGGUUUUUGGCAGUUGGUUCACAAGAACAUACUGUAGACUUCUAUGAUCUCACCCAAGGUACAACCUUGAAUCGAAUUGGCUACUGCAAAGACAUCCCAAGUUUUGUCAUUCAAAUGGAUUUUUCAGCAGAUGGUAAAUACAUUCAGGUAUCAACCGGUGCCUACAAACGGCAAGUCCAUGAGGUGCCACUAGGAAAGCAAGUGACAGAUGCAGCAUUUAUUGGAAAGAUCACCUGGGCUACCUGGACAAGUAUCCUUGGGGAUGAAGUCAUUGGUAUUUGGCCCCGAAACGCAGAUAAGGCAGAUGUCAACUGUGCCUGUGUGACCCAUGCUGGCUUGAACAUUGUCUCUGGAGAUGACUUUGGGCUGGUCAAACUCUUUGAUUUUCCAUGUACUGAAAAAUUUGCCAAACAUAAGCGUUACUUUGGUCAUUCUGCACAUGUCACCAACAUACGCUUUUCUCAUGAUGACAAGUAUGUUAUCAGCACAGGAGGAGAUGAUUGCAGUGUAUUUGUAUGGCGAUGUCUUUAAAGGUCACAACUCUCCAGGAUCAUUCUUGCCACCACUGCCAUUUGAGUGCCAAACAGUGGACACAUGGGAAGCCUUCAAGAUCUCAGCACUGGCUGGGUUUACAAAACUUCAUAUAAGUUUAUUUGUGAAAGACACAAUUAUUCUGUGUAACACAUCCCCAAGUAUACAUAGCCAUGGGGAAAUCAAAUAUAUUAUUUGGCAUUGAGUUUAAAUUAAUUAUUCUAAUAUAUAUUAAAAGAUCUCUUGCCAAAUUAAAUAUUCAGGAAUACAAUGCCAAGACCAGGGUCUCAAACUCAAAUUGUCAUGAGUGCCACAUGAGCCAUUAGCCUGAGGGCCACAUUGCUGGAACCUUUCUGUGCAUGGAUUAAGUCCCAAAUGAAAAGUAUCACGUCACUUUACAUAAAUGUAUUAAUUUUUUUAAAAAAAUCAAAGUUUACUACGAAGCAGAGCUAUUCGCAAGACAGAGCCAUUUUGGCCACCCAGCUGGCAGCAUUUUUCAUUAAUCAUAAUACCAAUAUUUGGUUUUAUUACUGGGUGAUGUAUUUUUUCCAGAUCCUAUCCUGAACAGUACCAGCUGAUUGUAGGGCUAGACCCAUCCCACUAAGAGCAGCCCAAGUCCUGCUUUUCUUUUUCUUCUUGCUGAAAUCUUUCCUCCAGACUUUUCCUCAUUUCCCCCCUCCCUUUUUUCUCCUCUUGCCUGUCCAAGUCUUUCACGUAACCAAGCUCUCCUCCACUUGUUGGCUGACACCUUGCCUAGCAGAGGAACCCUCACAGUAAGGCAGCCAGACCAGUCCCUCUUCUCAGACCUUAUCCACCUCAGCCCCAGCCCCCUGGCCAGGCCUCACCCUCUGUGGCUCUGCCUGGAGAUCCCAGUGCUGCCUCAGAGCAUGUGCAGAGCAUGUGCAACAAGCAUUGGAGAACAGACUGCAUGGCCCAACCAACCAGGCUCAGCUGUGGCCAAAAGACCUAUCAGGUUGGUUUGAGGCGAGUCACUGUGGCCUCCUGCACAUCUGUACACACUCAGGUCCCUGACACCAAAAUAUUAAGUCAUGGGCCACACAAAAGGCUCCACAUGAAGGGCCAUGAAUUUGAGACCCCUGACUCAGUCCAUUGUGGUGUUCAGGCUCCAGUAGUCUGUUAAAAAAUGAAAGCUUCAAUUUGAAAAUAGUGAAAAGUCAAGCUUUCUUAUUUCUUAAGCUUGUCCCAUCAUUUCUAAACUCUGUUAGGGACAAGGUACGUUAUGAUAAAGCAAGCUUGGGUUCAUGGCUGGUUUUAUUAAAUGAAUUAGCCAACGCUCUCUCCCUGUUCCAUUUAGUGUAUUAGAUGUAAUUUCAUUUGCCAUUUUCCUACAAAGUGCCUUUUGAAAACUCUUCUGGUACUGCAGGAUAUAACAUUACCUCCUGCCGUUGCCUACUUUCUGCUCAUGGUGCUGAAACUUACAAACUGACGAGGGCUGACAAAGUCACUUUUUUCCCUAAAUGUCACAAUGUUCCAUUUUUUAAAUUUAUUUUGACACUUUGACUGAAUUCCAGCCUGCUCUUCUAAUAUCAAUGGCAAGCAGUAGAAGUACAAGGCAGAAACUAUAAAUAAUGCUCAGUUUGACACUACCACAUAUGAAACUUAGCAGUACUUCAAGAGAAGUGAUAGAAUGAAAUUGUAGAAUGAAUGAAUGCUUUUCUUUCAUUCCCGUUUACAGAACAUUUUUUUCAAUAUUUUUUGUUCAGCCAAGCAAUAGCCAAGAUGGCAUGUUUUUAACUUCAAAGGGGGGGGGGGGAGUCUUUCCCUUGCAAAGUGGUUCAAGGGCAUUUCUUUCCUUUACAGUCCAGUGACAAAUUGGCAACCAUAGGCACUUGUGGUGGCAGACCAUGUAGCUGUGAAACUUUGUUCUUCAUCCUGAGCAGCUUAUUAAAAGUGCUGAAGCUUGCAAUUUUUCAGUGGCUAGUAAUCAGGAUGAUACUUUUAACUCAAUAUCAGGGGUAACAUGCCUCACCCAGAGUACAAACUAUUGAUAGCCACAGGCAGGAACGUACUAUUGAGCUUAUGUCCUGCUCGUGACUUCCCAAAGGCCAUGGGAAACAGAAUGCUGGACUAAACAGGUUUUGGAUCUUGUCCAGCACUUAUUUUGUGUUAAUUCAUGCAGUAAAACAAUCCUAAAUUCAGUUCUUUGUAGCAUUAGUUUAUUUCACCAUAGGUAGCAAAGGUUGAAAAAAAUGGGAAUUAUCCUAGUCUAUAUUGAAGGUUAGCUGAGAGUCAAGUUGAAGAUACUGGUUAGAUGAUUAUUAAACAAGCAACGAAUUCCUUUUAGGACUGAUGAAAGUAUUUGUAGAAGUGUGGUGGUUUCAAUAAAAUAUCUGCUGCAAAAAAAUCCAGGUUUAAGAAAAAGGGGAAAGGGGGCAUGUUUCUGGUAUAAUAAUCUGUAUACAACAAAAAAGUGUUUCUGUGAUUUUAAUGGACUACUUGUGUGUACGAGUUAUUUAAUCAAUGGAAUACAUUAAUGCCUUAUACUCCUUUAUAAUUUCAGACAUGCGUCCUAUGCAGUCUUAUUCCCUUAUUCUUCAUGAGGAAAGUUUCCUGUUUUAGCCAGUGUAACCAUAUCCAUCUGGUGAUGUCAGGUGGUCACCUUGUUUGCCUCUGUUGUAAUACUGGCCUUUCAUAUUGAGUGCAUCUUAAAUCUGUAACAGAAUGAGCUGCUGUAUAGUGAAAUUGUGCAAAAAUAUUGAAGAUGAAUAAUAUAUUUGUGCGUGGGAGACUUUGUUUAUAUAAUUUAGAACAUUAUGCUUAAAUUUAAUGCUGUAUUAUAAUGUAAAUUGAAAUACUAUUGCAUGAAUUUAUUUUUGAAAUGAUUCAAUAAAAGUUUUAUUAUUUGAAAACGGUGCCAGAUUUUCUUUUGGAACAUCCAGCAUAUUGGAAAGAGGGAACAAUAUGCUUCUUAGAGAAAAAAACAAAAUAUUAGUGGUUGAGUUAUUCAAGGGCAAAGCUUUUAAAAUACAUAUCAUUUUUAUCACACUGCCUUAAGCAAAUAUAUUCCCUAGAAUUUUUAUUAUUAAAAAGACAGGCAUGAUAGUAAUCUUAGAUUCAAUAUAGUUAGAACAUGUUCCCCAAUUUGACACAAUUGCAUCAUGUAAAUUGCAUUUAGUGUAUUGUGUGAUUUGGGUUGAGACAUACUUGUCACAGUAAUCUGUUGUCCAAAAACACUCCUUUCGCAUGACAAUCAGUGGAGUAAAUAAGGCUAGAAACCAGACACAAUUUUGCUGCUUUUAAAGCCACGUACUUUCUCCUCCUGCUUUAAUAAUGGUACAUAAAUAAUUUAUGACGGGGUAUCAUCUUUUAGUUCUCUUGCUACUUUUAUUAAUGUGUUUGGUAGGGUGAAAACUAAAUCUAAUGCCAUUUCACAUUUUAGCAGCAUGCAGCUUCCAAUCUGACAGAAUGAAAUCAAGCACAAAGGGACCAUAUAUAAUGAAGAUGUCUUGCUUAAUAGAAGUCAUUUUACCAUAUUCAAUUUGAAUAGGCACCACAAGCUGGCAAAUACAUAUUUGUGAAAUGAAGUCUCAAAAAAUUCUUAGCUAGCAGCAAGUUCAUUUGCAAGGUAGAGGAUUCACUCUUUCUCUAAGCAAUCCUAAGAGAGGCACACAGGUACUUCUACACUAACCAUUGUAAUGCCCUACAAAAUUUAUGAACAAAAUUUUGAUUACUUUUUAGCAAAAACCACUGAGAAUAAGAUUGUACUGAGCUAAAUCAUAACUAUGAUUUUAACUAGAUAAUCAAGCAGUAAUUUAUAUGCAUAAAUCAACCACAUCAACAGAAUUCAUAAUGUUGGGUAUAGUUCACAAUUGUUUUUAGUGACAAUUGUUCAUACAUUUAGCUGGGAAGUGCAAUGAUAAACCAUGCAACUGAUCAGCGUAAUCACAUUUACACAGUAUAUGAGUCUAUACACUUUAUUGAUAACUCAAAAUUGUUUUCUUUUUACAUUUCACAAUGCAUCCCACAGACGUAGUUCAAUACAGCCUAAACCCCACAUGUAUUUGAAAUGUCCAAAUGACAUUUGCAGCACUGGGGUACAAUCCACUGACCCAUGCACAGAUGCUGAGGAUUCCAAGCACGGUGGAAAACAAGAACGUUGGGUGUUCCUUGUUCUGCCUGCAAAGAUCUGAGGAUCACACCAUCAGAAAUUCAUUCCACAGAUUCAAAGUUCGAGAACUGUAAAACUGUUUACUUAAAAUAGACUAUAGGAGUUUGUGCAGCAAAGGAUAUGGCAGAACCUGUAAUGUGCAGAGUUGGUUUUGUUUAUUUAAUAGGUACUAUUUUUUUUCUGAAAAUUUAAGCUAAUAUAUUAAGGAGCUCAAAAAACUUCAGUUCAAUUAUCUAGUAGUUCAAUCACUAUGGAGGAGCUGGACAUCCUAAGCAGCUGUGACACACUAUAUAUUUAAUUUUAUAUUGGCAAUUGAUAAAACAGUAAAAUUAAAAGCACAUUACGGCUACACUUGAUACCAAAGGGGCAAGACUUUUCAAGCUUGCUUUAAUGGCAUAUUCUUCUAAACAUUUCAUUUUAGAAAAUCUGCAAUCAAUCAACACAAACCAGAGACAGUGCUAAAAUGAAAUGUUUUCCACACACUAACCUCUCUUGAAACACGACAAGACUACCUUGGCCAAAGCAUAAAAUGUACAGCUCUCCAACUGGUUAUGUUAACCUGUGCUGCAUAUGGAAGAAGCGAAGAGGAUUAGGUUUAAAUCCAUAUGUAGCAGCUUACAAUACUUAGGAUGGACAUACACAGCAGUCAAGAACAGGUUAUUUUUCUCCCUC